CCAGAUGUCAAACACUACCCCGUGUUCGUGGGGCACGGCAGCAGCCGCCCGGGGGGGCCCGAGGGGGGGAUCCCCCAGCGCCUCAACAUCCAGCGCAUCCUCAAGGUCAACAGGACCCUCUUCAUCGGGGACAGGGACAACGUGUACCGGGUGAGCCUGGAGCCCAGCGGGGCGGGGGAGCUGCGCUACCACCGGGUGAGUGCCGGGGGGGGAUCCAACAAUCCCGCUGUGCCCGCAGAGCCCUACUUCGUGCACGCCGUGGAGUGGAGGAGCCACGUCUACUUCUUCUUCCGGGAGAUCGCCAUGGAGUUCAACUACCUGGAGAAGGUGGUGGUGUCGCGGGUGGCCCGAGUGUGCAAGAACGACAUGGGGGGCUCCCAGCGGGUGCUGGAGAAGCAGUGGACCUCCUUCCUCAAGGCCCGGCUCAACUGCUCCGUGCCGGGCGACUCCCACUUCUACUUCAACGUCAUCCAGGCCGUGACGGACAUCCUGGAGCUGGACGGGCGCCCCGUGGUUCUCGCCGUCUUCUCCACGCCCGCCAACAGCAUUCCCGGCUCGGCCGUCUGCGCCUUCGACAUGGCCCAGGUGGCCGCGGUGUUCGAGGGGCGGUUCCGCGAGCAGAAGUCGCCCGAGUCCAUCUGGACGCCCGUGCCCGAGGACAUGGUGCCAAAGCCACGGAGGGGGGCACCCACGGGAAGAGGCUGCGGCACCAACAACUUCAACCCCAUCUGUGCCAACUCCCUGCUGGGACGGGGACCCCGGGGGUCACCCCCGUGCCCGGGUGUGUCCUCACGUCUGUCCCGUGUCCCCCCCCCGCAGAUGGACACGCUGGAGCCUGUCGGGGACAACAUCAGCGGCAUGGCCCGGUGUCCCUACGACCCCAAACACGCCAACGUGGCCCUGUUCACAGGGGGGAUGCUCUUCACGGCCACCGUGACGGAUUUCCUGGCCAUCGACGCCGUCAUCUACCGCAGCCUCGGGGACAGCCCCACCCUGCGCACCGUCAAACACGACUCCAAGUGGUUCAAAGAUCUGGGAUGGGUCUGGCUGGGUCCUGGCCAGGACCUGGACUCGUUUCCAUCUGGGAUCCGCACAGCCCCUCACACCCCCUGGGGACUCCCCACCCUGGGACAACCACACCCUGUCCCUCAUCGGGGAGGGUCCCAGCCCCCCUCCCUGGGGACACUCCCACUCCCACCCACCCCCAGACCUGCCCUGUCCCCACCCCACAGGUACCAGCUCCGCAGGAUCGUGGUGGACACGGCGGCGGGGCCGUGGGGCAACCACACCGUGGUGUUCCUGGGCUCCAGCACCGGCACCGUCCUCAAGUUCCUCAUCCUGCCCAACGCCACCAGCGCCACCACGGCCACCGCCCCCGGCAGCCAGAGCGUCUUCCUGGAGGAGUUUGAGACCUACCAGCCCGGGAGGUGUGGCCGGGACACGGAGGACGAGCGGCGGCUCCUGGGGCUGGAGCUGGACAAGGCAGCGGGGUCCCUGCUCCUGGCCUUCCCCCCGUGCGUGGCCAGGGUACCCGUGGCUCGCUGCCAGCAGCACUCGGGCUGCAUGAAGAACUGCCUUGGGAGCCGGGAUCCCUACUGUGGCUGGACAUCGGAGGGCUCCUGUGUCUUCCUGGAGCCCAGUCCCAGGGUGUCCUUCGAGCAGGACAUCGCCGGCGGCAGCACGUCCCACCUGGGCGAGUGCGAGGGGCUGGUGACCGAGAGCUUCGUGGACGAGCCGGACGGGCUGGUGUCGGUGAACCUGCUGGUGAUCUCGUCGGUGGCCGCCUUCGUGAUCGGCGCCGUGAUCUCCGGCUUCAGCGUGUGCUGGUUCAUCGGGCACCGCGACCGCAAGGAGCUGGCGCGGCGCAAGGACAAGGAGACGAUCCUGGCGCACAGUGAGUCGGUGGUGAGCGUCAGCCGGCUGGGCGAGCGGCGGGCGCGCGGCGCCCUGCUGGCCCCGCUGAUGCCCAACGGGUGGCCCAAGGAGCUGGGCAAGGUGGCCCAGCACGACCUGGACUCGGGGGUGCUGCCCACGCCGGAGCAGACCCCGCUGCAGCAGAAGCGCUGCCCCGGCGCCCUCCAGAACUGCAGCUGGGAGCAGAGCCACAACAUCAUCAACGCGGCUUUGCGGGACCCUGGGGGCGGCUCCGGCACGGCCGGCGCCGGGCGCGGGCACGGCGGCUCGGGCCGAGCGCAGCGGGGCAUCCCCCUCUCCUGCCACGCCAUCCUGGUGGACCAGGAGCUGGAGGCCGAACUCAGCGACUCCUCAGGUGACGGGCACUGGGGUCGGGACCCCCAGGAGGGUCCCCGCGCCCGGCAGCACCCCCACCCCGCCGGCGCCCGCCGCCCGCCCCGCAGCUCCUACGGCGAUUUCGGCAGCACGCCGCGCCCCAGCCCCGAGCGCCGGCGGGUGGUCUCGGCGCCCAGCGGGGACGGGGGGGACUUUGCCGAGGGGCCGUCCUGGCACCCCGAGCAGCUGAACUUCAACGCCAACAACGGCACGGGCCGCCCCGCGGGCGCCCACCUCAAGAGGAACCACACGUUCAACAGCGGCGAGGCCGCGGCGGGCGGCUACGGGCGGCACGGGGGGACGGCCCCGCGGGCCCCGCGGGCACCGGGCACCCCGCGGGCGCUGACGGACCUGCACCACCUCCUGCGCUACGGCGUGGAGCGGACUCCCUCGGGGAAAUAGGGUGCCCACCCUGCGGGCGUCCCCCUCGCCAGGACACUGAUGGGGGGCCCCCCCCGGCUCCCUGGGGACAGGGAGGGGGUGGCCGGGCAGGAGCUGCGGGCGUGGGGUGAGGUGCUGCGUGGGUGAGGGGCGGGACAGGCACCCCCCGGGUGCCCCCGGAGAGGGUUUGGGGGUGUCCCCCGGUGCCGUGGGGCGGUGCCCUGCGCUCCGGCUGCUUUGCCCCGUAUGCCGGGGGAGGGGAGGGGGGUCCGUCCAUCGUGUCCCCUCCCCAGGCUGGACUCAGGGCCCGCAGCACCCUGGGAGGGGGAUCCCUGGGGGGCAGCAGGAUGGACGCACGGACACGGGCGCUGCGCGGUGCCCCCCAGCCCCUCGGCCCAUCGGGGGCACCCUGGGGGGCUUCUGGGUGCUGCCACCCCCCCUCCCCCCGGCGAUACCCGGCUCGGGGGGGCCACCGGGGUGCGUUGGUUGUGGUGAUGGAACGUGGUGAACAUUUGGGGUGCGGGGGGGGGUGGGGGCCCCCCAAGCGUGUGUGUUAUCUGGGGAUGGGGCGCACUCAGCCCCCAGUCUGGGGUCAACCCCUGCCCGAUGCCAGCUUGGGGGGUGUUUAUCCACCCCUCCCGCAGCACCCCCUCCUGGAAAGCACAGCCGGGCUGGGGGGGCACCGCCGGGGCUGGGGGGGGUCCCCACCGAACCCACUCUCUGCUGGCAAAGGGUGCCCUUUCGGUGCCACCCCCGCCUGGCACCCACGCGGGGUGGCGGGUCGCGGGGGGGGUGGCAGGUCCCCGGGGGUGUGGCAGGUCCCCAGGGGGUGGCAGGCUGUAAAUAG